UUUAUCGGUCUGUUCAGUGACACCUGGAGGUGGUCAGAUGAAAACAGUUCCUCCUUCAGGCACUGGAAUCUAGAGUUUAACAAUCAGAUAAUCAACAGCGGUCAAUGUGCCAUGGUUGUGUUUGAUGAUGGAGGUAGAUGGAGGAAUGAGAACUGUACUGUCAAAAAACCUUUCAUCUGUUAUGAUGAGAGUAAUGUGAUCCUGAUCAAACAAAAUAAGACAUGGGCAGAAGCCUUAUCGUACUGCAGAGAGCACCACCAUGACCUUGUCACCAUCACCAGCCCCACUGAGCAGAGAUCAGUCCAGCAGAGUGUCAAAUUUGCAUCAACUCCUUUUGUCUGGAUGGGACUGAGCUAUGCUUGCACCCUCGAUUUGUGGUUCUGGGUAAGUGAUGAGGUGGUCAGCUAUGAGAACUGGGGACAAAGAGGACAGAUGGAUGAAUGUGACAUGUCUGGAGCCAUGGAUGCAGGAGGAAGCCAUCAAUGGUUUAAGAAAAUGUAUACUGAGAGGUUUAAUUUUGUCUGUUUAGAGAAAAGAUGUAGGUAAUGAGAUGCUGUGUAUCAAGACCGAAAGCUGGCCGUAAAAAGAGGUGUAUUAAGUUGUUUUGGCUUUGUUUCACCAU